GGCGUUCACGUGUUGAAGAAAAAUAUGGUUUUAGUCAUUCAUUAUCAUUAUGUCAAUAUAUCACGAUGAAAUAGAAAUUGAGGACAUGGAAUAUGACGAAGAAACCGAAACAUAUUAUUAUCCAUGUCCUUGUGGUGAUAAAUUUGAAAUUUCUAAGGAAGAAUUAGAAAAUGGUGAAGAUGUUGCAAAAUGCCCAAGUUGUUCUUUAUUAAUCAAAGUAAUUUAUGAUCCAGAAGAUUUUUCUUCCAGUGAAGAAGUUGUACCUCCAGUGAAGAAGGAAUUAGCUUUGGCAUAAAUUGAUAGAUAUAACACUAGUAAUACAAACUCAGGGCAAACUUGCAGUGUAUUUACUUCUGCAAAAUGGCUGAAGAUAUAAUUAAUAUCUCGGAUUGUGACGAGGAAGAAAUGAGACAAUUAUUCCAAGAUGGCGUUGACCACUAUAAACUUGAAACAAACAAUUCAGUGCACAGUGGAGAUUUUUCUCAAAAUAAUUCACAAACUCAAAUGAAUGGACAAUUGACCUGUCAAACUGAGGGUAAGAAAAAGGCCCAAAGAAAAAGUAGCUCAAGACAGAGAGCUGGUUCCAGUACUGGUCGUGGUAGUGAGAAAUCAAGUAGCUCACGGAAAGGGAGACAAUCUAAAACGCCUUCUAGUAGCCAAGGCAGACACAGUCGAAGUGAGGGUGAUUUUAAUGUCUCACCAUGCCGUGAAGGUUUACCAAUAUUUACCAGUGAUAUACAUCCUGUUGAUAAUACUUUUAAACUGAGCUUAUUAGAUGAGGUUCUUACAGAAAAAAAAAUGGCUUUGAUGAAGUCUCCGGAAGUCAUGCAGUUUUUAAAAGAUCAGCAAGCAGCCAAACAAGAAUCUACUAAAACUAAACAACAACAACAAGAAGCCAACUCCUGACAGUGUGUUAGUCAUUUUACUUCAUAAUUUGAACACUGUGUGCUCCAAUGAAAUGAAUAUCUAAUAGCAAGACAUAGUAUGCUUGCUCUCCCACAUAUUCACAAUGUCAAGCUAUUAUGAACUUCAUACUUAUACCUUGACUGCAAUAGCCACUAUACUUGUAUCACUGAAUGCAGCGAUUUGAUUGGAUUGUACACCACUGUAUACAGCCAAUAAGAGUUCUUGACAGAAAGGCUGUAAACCUUGUGGAUUUGUGUUCACUGCCUUUUUUUUUCGAGGACUCUGAUUGGCUGUAUUCGCUAGCUUACAAUCCAUGAUACAAGAAAGAUAACUAUUACAGUCAAGGUAUAAGUAAAUCGUAAUAGCUUGACUUUGUGAAGAAGACUCUCCAGGAACUCUUGCAGUUCUAAAAACUGCCAAAUUAUUUCUUGUUUUACCAACUGUGCAGGUGUGGACACCUCACCUGUAAAUAUGUCAUUAAUGAAGUCCAGAUUGAAUUGUGAGCAGUUUAUGGCAAUUUUUAUUAAAAUUUGUAGUUUUAGAAUCUAUGUACACCAAGCUUUUUAUGUCAAAGGGACAGGUGCGCCAUUUUGGGGGGUUGAUAUUAGUCUUGAACAUAUAUAAAUAGUCUUCAGAAGUACUAGAAAUGUACAAAAAUCGCAUAAUUCCUUAAGAAUAUCUCAAACUAGGAAUUUUACUCACU